GCAGCGAGAAGGGGGACGUCACAUCCCCUUGACCCUCCAAUCACCUCGGGGUCCUAUUUGAUUGGAAGGCGGCAAAGGCUUUAAUCUCAGCUCUAAUUCCGAGGCGUUUGAAGUGAGUUUGUCUGGCAGAAGUGCGGCUGCUGCUCUCAGUGCGCGCUCUGCUCCGGGACUGGUCGCCUGCGGAGGCUCGCGCUGGAUUGUACAUGAUCGGGCAUCACCUCCUACGGAUCUAGCCGCUGGAGCACACACUGCGCCGGACGAGCUGGACUGGAGUCGUUUUCUUACGGGAGCGGUUGUUGUCUUGCGAGCUCCGGGGUGCCUCUCCCCCUGCCUCCCGGUCACCCCAAUGCCUGUGCGGGGGACAUGAUCUGCUCGCCACUGGCUUCUGCAAGUCGUGUGAGUCCUGAAAGCGGAGAGAGCUCGGGGACGAGAAGCGGAUCCGCCUCGGCUAGUAACGGAGCGUUCGUGCACCGUGUGCCGCCCAGUGACCCCCUGCGCCAGGCCGGCCGGCUGCCCAUCAAAGUGCUCAAGAUGCUGACAGCCCGCAGUGGACACAUCCUGCACCCCGAGUACUUGCAGCCCCUGCCCUCCACCCCGGUCAACACCAUAGAGCUGGACGCCAAGAAGAGCCCCCUCGCCCUCCUGGCGCAGACCUGCUCCCAGAUCGGGAAACCGGACCCUACGCCGUCCAAGCUUUCCUCGGUGACCGGAUCCUCUGCGACCCCCGACAAGGAGGCGAAAUCUGGGCCCCUGAAACUAAGUGACAUCGGCGCCGAGGACAAGUCCAGCUUCAAGCCCUACUCCAAGGCCCCGGAGAAGAAGGAGUCGUCCGCCGGGGAUAAGUCGGGAUUCCGAGUGCCCAGCGCCGCCUGCCCUCCUUUCACCCCCAGGACUGGCAGCCCCAGCUCACCCCGCACCCCAACUCCCUCCUCGGAGCCCAAAACGUGCGGGGAGAGUGCGGACAAGAAGGAGACGGAGCAGUGCGCCAAGAGCAGCCAGUCUGAGGGCGGCAGGCACGGGAGGCUCAGCACGGAGCUGCCCCAGACUCACCCGGAGGGCGCGGCGGGGUGUAAGAGCCUGUCUGCGGCUCCCUCCCCCACCCCGGUCUCGUCCUCCUCCAGCUCCGUCCUGGGAUCCGGCCUGGUGGCCCCGGUGUCUCCCUAUAAGCCGGGCCACACGGUCUUCCCUUUGCCCCCGGCUGGCAUGUCUUACCCAGGAACCCUCACUGGAGCCUACGCCGGCUACCCCCCGCAGUUUCUGGCUCAUGGAGUUUCUCUGGACCACACCAAGGGGAAUUCUUUAGUGGGUGCCCAGCUGAAUAGCCUGGGAUGUUCCAGCAAAUCUGCCGCCUCUAGCCCCCUGACAGGGGCAUCUCCACCCUCUGUAAUGACUGCCAGCCUGUGCAGAGACCCUUACUGCCUCAGCUAUCACUGCACCUCCCAGCUGGGCGCCAGUGCCACCUGCGGCCACGACCUGAAAUCCGGAUACCCACUUGUGUACCCCAGCCAUGCUCUGCACGGGGUCUCCCCGCCAUCUCUACCUGGGCACCCUCUCUACCCUUACGGGUUCAUGCUUCCAAACGACCCCUUGCCGCAUGUAUGUAACUGGGUAUCAGCUACGGGCCCUUGUGAUAAGCGAUUCUCCUCCUCCGAGGAGCUGCUUGGCCACCUGCGGACACACACCGCCUUCCCCGGAGCAACGGACAAAUUUUUACCCGGGUACCCUAGUUCUUCAUCCCUGGCAGCGGCUGCCAUGGCCUGCCACAUGCACAUGCCACCCGCAGGGAACUCCCCCAGCCACCUAACCCUCCGUAGCCCUCACCACCACCCCUUGGGACUAAGCAGCAGUCGCUACCAUCCAUACUCUAAGAGUCCACUACCCUCAGGUGGUGCCCCAGUGCCAAUGCCUGCAGCCACAGGACACUACUACUCGCCAUAUGCAUUGUAUGGCCAAAGACUAACCACAGCCUCUGCUCUAGGAUACCAGUGACUUCCACCAGGGGGCGCUACCCCUGGUCAUUACAGACGCUAUUAAGUAUUUUUCUUAUUUUCUAAUGAAAGAAA